UAAUUGCAAAUAAUUUAUAAAACACAUUAGAUUGAUGGUACUUUAUGAAAGUAAAACUGUCCACUGUGAGACAAAGCAGAGAGAAAGAACAAAACUUUUUUCAAAACAUGAAAGUCUUUUCUCACAAGCAAUAAAACAUCAAACUAACCAUCAUAACAUAUUCCUUCUGCAGAUUUCUGAACCCAACUCCACAAUUGAUUAUAUGGUCCCUGAGAAUCAAAACAAUGAAGAUACUUAUAAAGGAAAUCAAGCCAUCAGCAGCGACUACAGAGACACUGGAUAUGAUCGAGGACAACUGAAACCCAACAGCUUCUCAUGCACCGAUGACGGCCGUACAGCAACAUUUACACUGACCAAUGCAGCACCUAUGGACGCGCGUUUCAACUGUAUCCACUGGAAGAAGUUGGAGAGAACUUUAAAGAGUUUUUUGACAAAGAAGCUUGACAGUGAUCGUCCUGCAACAGCCUACAUCGUCACGGGUACAGUACCUGAUGUGAAUCUACGGAUACCACAGAAGGAAAUCUCUGAAGAGCCAGAAAGGGUGACGGUGCCCUCUCACAUCUGGACGGCUGUCUGCUAUAACCACCACGAUGAUGACAAGUCUUUUUCCUUUGGCUAUAUAGGAGAAAACCUGUCGAGAGGUAAAGUAAACCUGAUGAGUGUCUCACAGCUGAACAAUCGGCUCAAUCAACUCUAUAAGCUCUCAAAUAUUAAGAUCUUUGUGGAUGACUGUUUUGAAGACAGUAAUAAAUUAAACAAGGUUAAGAAAGCAUUUCAGAAAUUAAUUGGUCUCCCAGUGACCCCAGAUGUGCAGAAAACAUAUGAUGCGCUCCAAACAGUCAGCUCUAAUGGAGAGGAUGUCGUGUUGACUGACAUGAUUGUAAAAUUAACCUUCAACAGUUUGAGCUCUUAUUCCACUAUGGCAGAAGAGCUACAGGUUUCUACUAAAAGGGCUUGUCUUAUAACUAAUUACGGACAAGAAUCUAUUGAAUGCCAGUUAGUCCCAAAGAAGCGCAAGAUUGCAGUUGAUGGCUCGCCCUGCUCAAGCAACACAGGAGGUGAAACCAAGCCCUGCUGCUCCACUCCCUGUCUGUACAAGGACAAUCUCAAGGGCUACAGGUGUUACUCAGGCCAGAAAGAGAUAGCGUGUUCGCCCCAGUACUCACUCAUCACGUAUAAAGGAGAGCGAUGCAUGGAUGAUCACCCCUGCGGCACAUACGGUGAGGACUACUACUGGUGUUACAAAAUCUCUGGCAAGUGGGAUUACUGCAGUCCUCUGCUGUGGAGAAGUAAGGCUAAAAACGGGCAGUACUGCCGCAGAGACAACGCCUGUGCCAAAUAUGGUGAAAGCCAGCAAUGGUGCUACACAGAUGAUGGCAAAAAACAUGAGUGCUGUACUUCUGAUGACUGCUACUCCACUGUGAAUGGCAAAACCUGCAAGUCUAAUCACCCCUGUGGCAAACAUGGUGAAAAAUACCUGUGGUGCUGGACCACUCAUGGCAGCUGGGAUUAUUGCUGCACAAGUUGUGGUUAGUUGGUUUAAAUUACCAUUAUUACUAAAGCAGCACUUCACAAAGUUCAUUGUGAUUGUACUUGGAGUGCUUACUAACCGAGAGACUCUUUCUAACAUAAAAAUAAGACUCUCUGUGCUUCUAUAAAUAUUUAAAAAAAAAAAAAAAUAGAAAAUACAUUUUCCUAAUGAUUUUUAUGCAAAAAAAACUAACAAGCUUAAAAAAACUAUAAAUCUUUUAUACAUUUGCAAAUUCAUACAUAACUACUUUGUUUCAGUAAAAAUAAAUCUUUGAUAUAUAUAUGAGUGUGAACAGAUCCACACAAAACUUACAGAGCAAUGAUGUGAUUUUCAUGAAGCAAAAUUCAAUCUGUGUCCAUUUUUAUGUGCUCAAUCUGUGUCCAUCUCCAUCCACUCACACUCAACAGAACACAGUCCAGCUAAAGCUAAUUCAACUUCACAUUUCAAGUCAAGUCA